UUUACGCAGCAAAUUCGAAUAUUAUUGGAACAAAGUCAGUUCCAACUAGCUCUCAAACUUACUAACUUGUCAGAUUUGUCAGAGGAAGAAAAAGCAAAGAAAACAUACAAAAUACAAACACAUUACGCUCAUCAUCUGUUUCGGAACAAGAAAUUCCGCGAAGCAAUGGAGCAAUUUUUAAAGCUGGGCACCAACCCGUACGACGUGAUCCGUCUGUUUCCCGAUCUUGUGUCGCAAGAACCGAACGUGAAUGAACAAAGUGAUCUUGAACCGCAGUUGCCGAAACUUCAAGACCGCGAUUUAGAGAGCGGUUUGCUGGCUCUCAUAGAUUUUUUGACGGAAGUCAGAUACAAAUUGAUCAAUGAUAGUCAAGCUAAAGCUAACGAAAAGUCGAAAGGAAAAUCCAUUCCAACUGAAAAAUCGAAAAACACAGCUACUGAUAAAUUGUUGAAAAUCAUAGACACAACUUUGCUUAAGUGUUAUUUGCAGACAAAUGAUGCUUUAGUUGCGCCUCUGUUGAGACUGAAUCAUUGCCAUCUGGCAGAAGCCGAAAAGACUUUACUUCAGCACCAAAAAUAUCCAGAACUAAUUAUUUUGUACCAAAUAAAAGGGGGGUUGUUGGCUGCACAAAUAAUGAUAAAACAAGAGAUGACAUCUUCACAGAAGCAAUUACUUGUGUUAGUUGAAUUACCCUACAUCAAAAAACAGAGAAAUAAUAUCCAGAACGGUGCCAACCUCACCCAAGUCUUACAUCUCAAACUUAGAUUGUCAACCAGUCUUAGUUUCAUUCAGUUUACCUACAUAAUUACUGGCUAUCAUUAUAUCGUCUACGUAUGCGAUGAAGACUAG